ACCUAAAUUUGGGUGUGACUCUUUAUAACGCCGCUCUUCUUCUCCAUUGUAUCCACCAUACACUGGAAAAAAACAUGGCAAUCACAGAGGUAAAACCCUCCGCCAAUAAAAACCCUAAAAGAAAUCGGAAUCGAUCACUGGGUCCGAAGAAAGAUUUGAAGAAGAAGAAGACUAAGAAGUCGAAAGCUCCAACCUUUGAUAAGACCAUUGAGAAGAAAAAGAAGAAGAGUAAGAAGUCGAAAGAGCCUACCUUUUAUAAGACCAUUGAGGACGACGAAGAUGUUCUGAUACCAGAACCCGUAUCUGCCGCUGAGCAGCUUAGCUACUUUCUAAAUCUGCUUGAAUCCGCCAUUGGUAUACGAGUUUCUUCUUUAGAGCUCGAUUCCAUUAAAGAUACGUGUGUAGUUGAGUUACCUCAGAGAUUGCCCCAAGAUGUAAGCAACUUGGGAGAGCAUAUAAAGAUGUCUUGUGGAUCUUCAUGGAGAGAGAGUCUUUGUGAAGGAGAGACACUUGAAGGAAAUAUUGAUCCUGGAAACCCAUCUGUUCUCGUCAUUAGUUCCUCUGCUUUGAGAUCUUUGGAACUUCUAAGGGGUUUGCAUUCGCUUACUAAGCAAUGUCCAGCAGUGAAGUUGUUCUCAAAGCAUUUGAAGGUUGAGGAACAGGUAACUUUGUUGAAGAAACGGGUUAAUAUUGGGAGCGGUACACCAAGUAGAAUCAAAAAGCUAAUCGAUAUAGAGGCAUUAGGACUUACACGGUUAGAUAUGAUUGUGCUCGAUAUGCACACAGACGUCAAGGGAUUUUCCUUAUUCACAUUGCCGCAAGUCAGAGAUGAAUUUUGGGAUUUGUAUAAAAACUGCUUCCAUCAGAGAGUCUUAGAAGGAAGACUACGUGUCUGCAUGUAUGGUCCAAAGCCUGCUCCAAACCUAAAGAAGAAGAAAAAAUAAGUGACUGUUCCUUAAUUGUAUCAAAUUCCAAAGAAUCAUCAAAUUAAAUCUAUACUUAUCUGUUUUUUUACCU